AUGAUGACCAUGACUACGAUGGCUGACGGUUUGGAAGGCCAGGACUCGUCCAAAUCCGCCUUCAUGGAGUUCGGGCAGCAGCAGCAGCAGCAACAGCAACAGCAGCAGCAGCAGCAACAGCAGCAGCAGCAACCACAACCACCACCGCCACCGCCGCCGCCGCCGCCGCCACAGCCGCACUCGCAGCAGAGCUCCCCGGCCAUGGCAGGCGCGCACUACCCUCUGCACUGCCUGCACUCGGCGGCGGCGGCGGCGCCCCUUGGGUCUGUGUCCCCUUUGCCUUCCUCCUCCCCACCGAGCUGUGACCCGUGCCGAGGGGCAUCGCUCGGCGGAGAGAGCAGCCGCGCGGCACACCCCAGUGAGGCGGCGGUGCCCCCUCCGCUGCUGCGGAGCGCGGCUAUUUGCCUAACGGCCUCGGACACUCCCUCGAUCCAGCAGCCAUGCAUUGUUAGCGCUAGAGGCAGGGUCGGGGAGAAGCCCAGCACCGUGGGUCCAGAGAGGCCAGGGCGGCGUGGGGACGCUUCGAAGAAACCCUUACAGGGCUAUCAACAAAAAACCACAGUGAUUGAAAACGGGGAAAUCAGGUUCAAUGGAAAAGGGAAAAAGAUUCGGAAGCCUCGGACCAUUUAUUCCAGCCUGCAGCUUCAGGCUUUAAACCAUCGCUUCCAGCAGACUCAGUACCUGGCCCUUCCCGAGAGAGCUGAACUGGCAGCUUCCUUAGGACUGACACAAACACAGGUGAAGAUAUGGUUUCAGAACAAACGCUCGAAGUUUAAGAAACUGCUGAAGCAGGGCAGUAACCCGCAUGAGAGCGACCCCCUCCCGGGCUCGGCGGCCCUGUCGCCGCGCUCGCCGGCGCUGCCUCCGGUGUGGGACGUUUCCGCCUCGGCCAAGGGCGUUAGUAUGCCGCCCAACAGCUACAUGCCCGGUUAUUCGCACUGGUAUUCCUCUCCACACCAGGACACGAUGCAGAGACCACAGAUGAUGUGA